ACUCGGAGCUUCACAUUUUGUUCUUUUUGUUCCAAGGAUAGUUCGAUACCUUACGAUUCGGUGUUCGAACUUCAUAGUGACAAGCAAGACCUUGCCCGAACAUCUCGCGAAACAAAGCUUGUUUCUUUUCGAUCAAUUCCUAUACAUUGGUCAGUGAAGAGUGCGUCGUAUUUCUAAACAACAACAAUACCAACAAUAAGCAUGAUUGGGAUAGCAGCUUCCCCCCUAUUUGCCUUUUGCUUCGUGCUGGCUCUAGCGCAGACUGGUGUUGAUGCUGCCGGAUCUCACAAGCACCACCGACGCGACAAAAACCCCGCCAAAGAACGCGGCGAAUUUUGCAAGGAUGUUCCCGAUCAUAAGUGCGACCUCGUCGCCAAACAUGGGGAUUGCAACAAAUUCACGCCAAGCGGCGAUUCUUUCCAACACUCGGUAUGCCGUUCGACCUGCAAAGAGUGCGGUAACAACGUUCCUGAUGAAAUUUCCACCGAAAACUUAUGCUACGAAUUCGGCAAGGAAAGCAUAAAUGUCAACUUCAGCAACAGGUGCGUUUUGGUCUGUUUCCUCUCCCCUGGAGUUGCAAGGAAGAAUAUAAGAAAUUGAUGAGUACACGAAACAAAACAAGAAGAGGAUAUGCGACGAAUGGGCAAAUAGACAGAUAUCUUACGGUGUUUUUAUUUUUGUUUAUCCUGUUGUAUGUUUCUUGAUCUUGAAAAAACAAUAUGAUUCGGUCAUUCGUUUCGUUUCUUACUAUCGCUAAUAGCAAGCCCGACCUAGACGAUUGGGUUGGAAUCUACCCCAUCACUGCUGAUGUCACAGACCUCGGAGCACCAGUGUCAUGGUUUUGGUUGUGUGGGGGUAAGAAAGCGAAGUGUCGGACCAGCAUUGGGUCCGUGACGUUUCCCUGGCUACCCCCCGGAAUCUACAAGGCCGUCAUGAGCAGAAAUCGCGCAACCACGGGCCCGUACGCCAAUUAUGGUCCUUACAAGAGUUAUGCCGAAAGCAAACCCUUUGAGGUGUCGCGGGGAAACAUGUGUGCUUCUCGUCGACGACGGGCGGAGGGGACAGUGGCAUUGCGCGGAACAUCAACGGGCGAUGCGGCAUAAUCAUUCACACAUCGAUGAAUACAUACCUUACUUCAUAGACAACGACGACAACCACAAUGGCAAUAUUUGCGGUUGAGAAUGAAGUGCUUCGGUUCGGUCUAACGGUGUAGCAAGGUUAAGAACGGAACCUCUGCCAUGACAGGAUACGGAAAAUUCUAUCAUAAUUAUUUUAUGCCGGAUGUAUUGACACGGACACCUCACUUUUCCCCAACAUCGAAAAUCUGGAUCGUUCUGACUUUUUCCGACCCUGAAAAUGUUGAGCGAAUAAAGUAACUCAUUAUAC